CCGGGAAAAAGGAUACAUCAUAGACGUGCAAGUAGAAAACCAUAUUCAGCUUCAACCAAUACCACAACUGCCGAAGAUGCCCAAAGAAGUACAACAUGCAGUACUCACUCAACCCCCACGAGUCUUCUACGCAUUGGCUUCGUCCCGUGGGUUUGACAGCAUCAGAGUGGAACCAAUGUUCGGGCCGUUCGAAAUCGUGAUACUCUGAUUUUCUGUACUAAACCCAAAACUGCAAUGAUAUUUCUCAUUUUUCGACGACUUCGUUUGGCAGCAUAACGGUCAAGAAGUUGUGCCACCCCGGCUUAUGUGAAAUGGCUUCAUGUGCGGGGUUUUCAACUGCCACAAACGCUUUGGACUGCAGACCGAAUGAUGUGAUUAUCAUGGGGAGGUCGUACUGGGCUUGGGAAUUGAAACUGGUGUGUUUGUUGGAUCUCAGUGCGUUGCGAUGGGAGAAGACGGUUAUAUUAAGACAGUUUGUCCGGCUUUCUCAAAUGCCAAUUCAAAAUUCUCCAAGAGAACAUUCUUUCUUCCAAGUUCUGAUCCGUCAUUAUAUUUACUCGGCCACAGCCUCCAACUACACUCACCGUCAUAUCUCUCUCCAAAUGGCUUCAUACUACCCAGAAGGCGAAUGCUACUUCGUCAGAAGCUCUCUGAGAUAUAGCUCCCACUGGUCCGCAGACAACGAAGCUAAGUUCUAUAGAACCGUUCUUCUUGAGUACUACUGGAAUGGAUGGCCAGCGACUGGCGUGACCCAAAGAUCCCAUCCGAGGUCACGCUGGCAGCAUGGUACACCUGCAGGAGUCGGAGGCACGCGCUUCGGAGACUGGGACAGGUUCUGGGUGGGCGAGAGCAGAAACAAGUCCCCGAAUGAUAUGCUCAGAAUCCACAGUCAUCCCAACAGCCUUAACUGGAAUGAAUGUCGGGAUCACCAGAGGGGUGGCCCCAGAAAGUACAUCCUUCGACCAGUGGAAAUCCAGCACCAAGAUACCCAGUGGCUGUGGAUUGAUGCUACGAUUCCCCUGAGAGCGAUCUACUUCCCCGUAGCUUACAGGACAGACCAAGCCUUCCCUAACCUGUGCACUUAUGUCGUUAUCGACCUUAGGCACAGAGGGCAACUUCAGAUGUUCAGUAUUGGCGGGCUCACCAGGACUUUGAAUAUCACCUCCUACAACGGUCUUGGCUGGCAUGAUGAUCUCACAUGGGGUUUCAACAUAACGGACAUCAUUGCCUAUCUUUCCAUCCCACAUAAGCUGCGCAAUCCGGACUAUGGGUUGUUUGCAUCCAAGCCGCGUGGCCAAGAGCUGGUCGUUUAUGCCAACUCAUCAUUGACUUGGAGGUCAGAUCCUAAGGACAUCCAACACCAUGGGAACUUCUUCCGCGAGAUGGACUUCGCCAGAAUCCUCAGCGCCACCUUUGCCGUCGAGGUCGGUUGGAGACCAUACCAGCACAACCCUUUCCUCAGGAACCUGGUCGUCCGAGCCGUCCAGCUUGGCCUUGGCCUCAUCCCGGGCGUCGGACCCAUCUUCUCCGUCGCAUUCGGAAUGGCAGUUAAGCUGCUCACAGACCCCGACUCGUUCGGCAGUGAUGAUAUUCUUGAUUUACCCUUUGCUAUUCUGGAGAGUGUGAUUAGCUCGGGCAAGAGAUCUCAGAAGUUCAUCGCACCAGAUUGGCUUGCACAGUGUCCAUGUGGCGGCCAGCAGCAAGGUGCGCCGUUGACAAAUCAGCAGAAAGAGGACCGCAAGAAGUUGGGCGAAGAGAUCAACAAUCGUCUGACUGCCGAGUUGAAUGCUCAGCCUGUCAUACGCUCUCUUGAGGAGCAGGAGAAGCUUCUCACUGGGCGCGUUGAAGAGAUUGGAGAUGAGGCUACGCAAACAACCCAUGAAACCGAGCCGGAGGAGAAGCAGGAAGCUGAGGAGCAGGAAAGUAAGGACGGGACUGAGGAAACUGGUGAGAAACAUGAUUAAGAGUUACGGAACAUGGUCACUUUUUAUGUCUCGGUGGAUUACUGGGAAAUUAUUCACUCCUUUCAUGUUUCAAUUCUGGGACGGCAUUUUGUUUUUGUAGCUUUGGGAAAUUGACAUCGCCGACUGAAUAGAGCUUGAGGUGACCACGAGGAGGUCAACGAGCCGCUAAAGCUGGCGAGCUUGGCUGCGAGACUGGACAAUUUAUGGCAUAGUUACGGAACGAAGACAUGCCUUGAUUUCGUUGAUUUCAUGCUCAUAAACCUCAUCUCAAGCGGCAAUGCUUAGCCUAAAGGGCGGAAAGCACAAGUUUCUUCUAGUCGAAAUCUAUCACUUGUCUUCUCUAUAAGGUCUUUGACGCUAUGCAAGAUUCUAAAUGCCAAUUAAAUCUCUGAGAAGUAUCUCUAACCUUCCUAAAGAUAUGUAUGAGCUUCAGCUCUCUUAAUCCAGCAAACGGUUAGGAAAUCGAGAUUCCUCUCCCGGAUCACCUGGGUUGAUUCGACGAAACGAGACGACGCCCUCAUUCUUAGUGCCUCGAUAGAAUCUUGAGCCAGGUGGGAGGACACAAAGCUCCUUGAGCUGCGGAACGGCGUCGAGGAUAUGAGUAACGAGAUUUGAAUGCCACUCAUGAUCUUGGGCUCUAGAUGUGUGAUAAUGGGUCCAAUCAAUGUCCUCGGAAGCAGAAGGGGCCGAAUCAGCCUGGCGCAAUCUUGCAUUGAGCUCGAGCAAAGCUUCCGGGCUGUACUCCUGAAUCAUCCACUUUUUGUCGAACGCGAAUGCGAAACGUCGCAAUUGCUGCAUUUCCUUGAGGCGCCCAAUGAGCUGUGCAACCUGGUCACUCUAUCAUACUCAUAUUAGUAGAGGAAGGCAAUACAAGAAAGAAGAAGGAAAGAUAGGAUUCUCACAAAAUUAGGCAGCCUCGUUUUCUUCGUAACCGGACUGUGUUCCAACACGAAAGUAUCUCUGUCCAGUUGGUAAAUAACUAGUGAAUGAAGGUGCGGAAGGCUUUGGUGUAUCAUUCGAAGAGUGUUUUGGUCGAUACAGGCAAGAGUCGUUGAUUCGAGAGGAAUCCUGGUAAGAUCGUACUUCAGACCCUUUAGCGAGGGCAUUGUUGAUUGUAGGGCUGCGCGAUGACCCCAUGCGGUUGUACGAGGAAGAUGAACUGCCUUGACGCUAUCGUGAGUGAAUUGACGCAUUAUGGUAGUGAAGCUCGGGCGGUUCCUUUGACCAGAAAAGAUGACGGUCUUUGGCCCAUCCCACUUGGGCGUGUUGGACAAAAAUUCCAGUACACUCUGGAGGUGAAGAUCGUCAAAAGAAUGGGGAACCACCCGAGAGAAGCUGAAAUGAUUACGAAAAGCAAAGUCUAUGGCGUCGACACAUGACAGUUUGGAAAUGAAUUCGCUAAGAACCGCGAUUCUGCUUGCCCAGAGAUGAGAGUCGGAAACAAUGUCGUGAACGCUGCAAGGCUCGAUGCGGAUAGUAACAACCCUGGAG